ACAUGUUAUAUGAUUGUUGUCUUCUGUCUCUCCAGCCGGGUGAAAGCAUGUUCAACUCCGCAUUCUUCAUGUUCAGGCUCGUCCUAGCCGUAGCCACUCUGGCUUCGGUCUCUCUCGCAGACACAUGUGAUGACGUCACCGCCCUCGGCGGGAUCGAAGUCGUCAGCCACCGCCUUUCACUGCAAUACAUCCGUGAGCAGAAGCAGUACUGGUCCACAGCGGCCGGGGACUUGAAGCCCAGCUGUCUCCUCUACCCACAGACCACGGACGAGUUGGUCGCCAUCGUGUCUAUCCUCCGAGAUAACAACGAGACCUUCGCCGUCAAAUCCGGGGGCCAUAACCCGAACAACUACUUCUCCAGUGUGCACGGGGGUCCUUUGAUUUCUACUGCGAAGCUGAACCAGGUCACGCUGGACCCUGAGGCCGAGACCGUCCGGGUCGGGCCGGGAAAUCGCUGGGAGGACGUUUCCGAGGCGCUGCAACGCACCGGCUACUCCGCCGUCGGAGGCCGCAUCGGAAAUGUUGGUGUUGGAGGAUAUAUACUUGGAGGUGGCCUGAGCUUCAUGAGCACACAGUACGGCUGGGCCGCCAACUCCGUCCUCGAAUUCGAACUCGUCCUGCCCAACGCAACGGUCAUCAGCGUCACCGACUCCUCCAGCCCGGACCUCUUCCGCGCGCUCAAGGGUGGCGGCAACGCCUACGGCGUCGUGGCCUCCUUCCUCCUGCAGGCCUACCCCCAGGGCGAGGUCUGGGGCGGGGUCCUCACCUACCUGUCCACACCAAAAACCGACGCCGCCAUGCUUCGCGCCAUCCGCGAAUUCACCGAGCACUACCCCGACGAAAAAGCCGCCAUCAUCCCCACCGCGAUCCUCACCGCGGGCGGGGCCCUCAACAUCUGGAUCCUCUUCGUAUACUACAACGGCCCCUCGCCGCCCGCGGGCACCUUCGACGCCUUCGCCGCCCUGCAACCCUUCGCCAACACGGCCCGCACGCAGAGCUACCACAGCCUGGUGACGUCCAACAACUUCGCCGUGGUGGAGGGCAGCGUCUACCACAUCGGCACCGAGACCAUGCCGCUCCCGGACGCGGCGAACGUGGCGGUCCUGGACGACAUCUACGAGCACUGGAAGCAGGUGCGCAGCAGCAUCCUGCUCGUGCCCGGCAUGGUGGGCAACGUCGCCUUCCAGCCCCUCCCGAGGGGGAUGGCACGCAUUGCGCGCGAGAAGGGCGGGGAUUUGCUCGACCUCGACGAUAGCGUCGAUCGGGUCGUGCUCGCGAUUACGGUGAGCCACCUUUUGGACGUCAAUAGCCCGAGGAUACAGGAUGCCUUGCGGAGCGGGUAUAGUGGGAUGAGGGAGAUUGUUUUGCAGGCUACGCGCGAGGGACGGCUUCCCGAGGCGUAUCUGCCGCUCUUCAUGAACGAUGGGUUUUACGAACAGGAUUACUUUGGAAGGUUGAGUCUUGAGAUGGCAGAGUUGGCGGCAAGGGUGCAGGAGGAGGUGGACCCGAGUGGCAUGUUCAGGAAUAGAACGGGAGGAUUCAAACCCUGAACGACUGCGUGGGUGUUGAAGUGAAGUUAGACUAAGGUGUCUGUCUUGAUAGGUUGGAACCUGUAGGGCUGUAAACUCUCAGGUCUCAACUCUCAAAGCAUGUUUGUAAGGUAAGACGAGUUGGGGUUUGUAAGAAAAAGGGGGGGUGUUGUUUUUCUUUUACUUUUUCUUUUCCACUUUAAUGCAGCCUUCACAAACAUGUUGCCAAGAUCAUUGAUUCAUUUUGUGUUAAAGACUGGGCGUUAUGUAUUUUGUUUGUAGCACAUAAUAAUAAUUAGCCAUAAGCCCUCAGGGGGUUUGUGCUCUACUUAACCAGAAAAG